CGCGCGACUCCGCGUGCUCGAGCUCCGCGGAUGCGACCUCUCCACCUCCGCCGCCAGGGGACUGCUCGACCUCCGGCACACCCUCGAGAGCCUCGUCUGCCACAAUUCCACGGAUGCUCUUAGGCAUGUAUUCGUGAGUAGAGUGAUGGAUGUCAAGGACUCUCCUGUAUGGAGUCGGCUUUCACAUGUCUCAUGUGCUUCUAAUGGUCUGGUACUCAUGGACGAGUCGUUGCAAUUGUUACCUGCGGUUGAAACUCUUGAUCUUAGUCGGAACCAGUUUGCAAAGGUGGAUAAUCUGCGGAAAUGUACAAAGUUGCGAAAUCUGGACCUUGGAUUUAAUCAUUUGCGUUCUGUUUCAUCCUUGAAUGAGGUUUGCAGUCGAGUUGGCAAACUUGUACUGAGAAACAAUGCUUUAACUACAAUACAUGGGAUUGAAAAUCUCAAGUCACUUGUAGGCCUUGAUCUGUCUUACAACAUCAUAUCAAAUUUCUCAGAGUUGGAAAUUCUUGGCAGCUUGUCUUUGCUCCAGAACCUAUGGCUGGAAGGCAACCCAAUCUGCUGUGCUCGGUGGUAUCGAGCACGUGUUUUUAGUCUCUUCCAUAAUUCAGAAAAUUUGAAGUUAGAUGAUAAAGGUAUGAACACACAAGAAUACUGGGAAAAGCAAGUAUUGUUUGCAAGCAGACAAAAACUACCUGCUGGUUACGGAUUUUAUUUUCCUGCAAAAGAUGAUCAUGAGGACGAAGAGACUUCAAAUUCUAUGAUGAAAAAGAUUUCCCGACUUGCAUGUAUUGUAGAGGAAGAGAGAAGUCUUAGCGAUGAAGGUGUGGACCAGCAGUCUAGCCCCCGUGAUAGUGCUAGUUCUAAGAAGGAUGAAGCUGCCGCUGCUGAUAAUGACAUAAAAAUUACUUCUUUGAUAAGUACAGCAGAAUUGAUGAAGAAAGAAAGAUCCACUGAUUGGCUGCGUGAAUUUAAGGAGUGGAUGGAUGAACAUAUGGAGGACACAGAAGGUGACGGCCUUUAUGGUGAUUUUAGCAACAGAAAUGGAAGGCAGAAUAAACAAAUCAAAAGAGAAAAAAUGCACAUGGAGAGCUCAAAGAGUGUCACAGACCUGGCAAAGACAUCAGAAGGUGGUAGCAGCUCAAACCUUUUGGAGUCUGAAUUGUCUUUCACAGAGGAUGCAUGUAAUGGUGCUAAUGGUAUCACUACUGAAUCCUUGAAUGAGGCGAGUGCUGAGCAAAUUGAUUCAAAGGUGCACUUGAAUUCUGUCCUACCCCUUCCUCCACUAGAAUUUGUGGGCACCCCACAUUCAGAUUCUUUUUCGGAGGUGGAAAGUAGUGGUAGAAAUUUGCAUACAAAUGGAAUACACUCUAGUGCAAUAAGCGAGUUGAUAGAACCCAGUCCAUCCUUGGCAUAUCCUAGUCCACAUUCACCCCCACAAUUUAAGGAAGACAUUCUACGUCGUAGACUUUUUCUGGAGGAAGAAUUUUUGCAGAGUUCGGGAGAUUUCCAGUGUGUUGGUUCUCUUGGUAGUGGUAGCAGCUGCAGUGACGACUCUUCAGGUGAUUUAUGUUCAUGCAAUUCGGAAGAUGAUUGCGUAGCAGUCCAGACAAAAAUGGGGCUUGCCCUCAAUGGUCAAAUGGCUUCAUUUCCUUAUGCAGACAGUGAUAAUGAGGAAAUGGAUGGGAUGGAAUUUUCUUCACGCGAGGAUAUUAUGUCCGACUGUACAGCAGAAGAUGACCUGACUUUUAAAGAUGCCACAGAGUUUGGUAUUAAGGAGCCAGAUUACAUGAGCCAGAGGAAUGGACAUCUAGGUCAAGAUUCAGGCCAUUUGGUUGGACAAAAUGGUAAGCAGAAGUUUAUGAAGAGGAUACUUUCUACUUUUAAGAAUCAUAAUGGCACUAAACUAGGAUUUCUGAAGGCUAAUGGAGGUGAGGUGGAUGAGGGGGUUUCAGUGGGUGCAAAUGGUCAUUUGAGCAACGACAUGAGCAGAAGUACUAGUUGCAAGGAUCAAAUCUCAGAAAAACAUAAUUCAAAUAUCUUGCACAAGAACAACUUGUCUAUUGGUGCGGAUACAGUUUCAUGUAAUACUGAUAGGAACAAGUACAAGCUUAUAGAGGAUUUCUUUAAUAUGGAAGUCGCUAACAAUGAAGAGUCUGAAAUAUGUGAACAAGGAGCUUGUUGUGGAUACAUGUUUCAAGAUGGAAGCGUUUUAGUUCAAAGAGAAGUAGCCUUGUUGAGAAGUUCCCAAAAUAAAUUAUAUGUUCUGCUGGUUGAUAUGGCUCAAGAUGAACAAGAAACCCUACCAAGAGUUUUGGGCUGCUAUAGGCUUGAAGAUCUGGAGAAAGUAAUGAUUGGGCUGGGUCUACAAGCACUAAGGGUACACUUGGCAGAUGAUACAGCUCAUCUUUUCUUGACACGUACUUCGAAAGAAGCACAAGAUGUGCUUUGGCUCUUAAAUCUGUUCAGCUUUCCACAGUUAACUAGCGGGGUAUCUUUGCAAAGUUGGGAGAAGAUCCAAGUUAAAUUGCUCGAGAAAUGUAUAUCUGAAAGUUUGAAGAUGGGAAUAUUUCUCUACUCCAUGUUGAUGUUCUGUAAGAACGACACCGAAGAGGAAUCCCUAGCUAUUAGAUCCCUUGUUGUUACUGAAGGGUCAAUAUUUGUGUGCAUUGAGAACCUACAUCAGUUUGGUUGCUUUCCUGAUGAUUCUCAUCCUCCAUAUUUUUCUAUUGAUGAAUGCUGUUCAAUCAACAGUAUUAAAGAAGUGGUUGUGGAUCAGCGUGACAAGAAAUGCUUGACACUGAUUUUGGACAAACAUGUACAUGAAGGAAGAUCUCACAGUAGCACUAUAAAUUCACAGAGCAAGCAGGAAGAUGAAAUUUGCGCAAUACAUACAUGGAAACUAAAGUGGUUCGCAGAAGACACACUUUUGAAGUUCAUUUCUGUGCUUAAGGCUCUUUACUCUGCAGCAGCAGCAGCAGCUUCAACGUUACCUGUAAAGUGUACAUCCUGAUGUGUUUGUUCUUGUAAGUAUUUAGUGAUUUCAUUCAUUCUUUUUGGCGGGUGUAUGUAGCUGUUAAUCUGUACAGUUUGUUCAUUAGCUCUCUAGGGGGUGUUUCCUUUAUUCUUCUGAGUGAUCAGAUUUUGGUUCCCAUCUUAUAGUUUGUACAAAACUGUAGUAAAUGGAGUGAUGAGUGUAAAUGCAAUUUUGGCAAUAAGCUGUUUUGAA